AUGGGUUCAAUAUUAUAUCAUACAAUCCAUGGUGUUGUUGAUUCAUAUUUGGAUGUAACGUUCGAAACUGAAGCAAAAUAUCGAGGUAUUUUGAACUAUCUUACUGUACAACGAGUUGUUCGAUGGACUCUAUCAUUAAUAGUCUUUACAAUUGUAUUUGCAGUUGCAUUUAGUCAACCGAAAGGUUUUAAAAUAGUUCUUGAACAAGUUACAAAUCUUUUAAUGAGUAUUGAAAUUGGAGUUUUUGUUGCAAUAAUGAUCUAUAAAGUAUCAUCACCAAAAUUCAAUUCACUUCCAAUUGCAUUUCAAUUACCAAAUUGGUUUCUUUAUUUUCAAUAUAUCAUUCCUAUUUAUUUUAUUUCUAUUUUUAUUUAUGAUAUCUAUUUCAUGACUCAACAUCAUAGUUAG